UUUAUGCCCUGUGGUUACUAAGUGCUAGUCGUGCAAUCAAACAUAGCCUCCAAACAAAUGUUUCUACGUAUCGUUGAUAAAGCGUCCUUAACAAUGGCUGUUCAGUGACUCGAUUGUGAUAACUGUUGUAGGUACGCGAAGAAGAAUUAUCAAUAGGCGAUAACGUUUGAAUGGCAGCAAUAGUUUAUCUGGCGAUUACGGAUAGCCUCAAUCAUAAGGCUAAUUCACAGGAUAUCAGUGAAUCAGUCCGUUUAAAGUCAGACUGACUUUUGCUACUGUUCAGAUUAAUAGUCAUCCCAGUCGCAUACUCCGGCCAAGAUCAAUAUGAGCGCUAUUCGUGCUAUAUCUUCGACGAUGGCUGAAAUAGCAAGGGUGCAAAUCAACGAAGACACCAACCAAGUGGAUAGUCAUCUUUCAGUGAUAAGAUCAUGGCUCGUAGAGUGUAACUUGCAGUGUGGGCCAAUCGACGAUCAAUUUUUGAUGGCAUUUCUCCGUGGUUGUAAAUUUAGCCUCGAGAAGGCGAAGAAAAAAAUUGUGUUGUUUCAUAACAUUCGCUCCGAACUACCGCAAAUUGUUCAAAACAGAGAUCCAGUAAAUUUGGAAGUCUUACGCGUCAUUCGGAUGGGCGUUGCUGUUCCCCUGCCCAAGACAGAAAAAAUGUCUGAUCCAAAGAUAUUCUUGAUUCGUGUCGGACAAUUCAAUGUUUCUCAAUGUACGUUUGCAGAUGUAAUGAAGGUUGGCACAAUGAUCAACGAUAUUCUGAUGCGAGACGAUGAUCAGAUGGUGAUUUGUGGCAUGACUCUCAUAAUUGAUUUGCAAGGUGUUACUAGAAACCACUUGAUGCAUUUUGAGAUGAAUUUUCUAAAGAAAGUGGCAAUAUUGAGUCAGGACGCAUCUCCUCUUCGAAUGCAGGGCAUUCACAUCCUUAAUCCUCCUCCUGGUUUGCAGACAGCAAUGAGUAUUUUUAAUAGCCUACUUUCAGAAAAAAAUCAAAGCAAACGGAUCUUUGUACAUGGCCGUGAUCUUCCAUCGCUUUAUAAACAUUUUCCACCGACCCUCUUGCCGAAAGAGUACGGCGGAACUCUAGGUUCCGUAGAUGAUUUUGUACAUGAAUGGGAAAUGAAAAUGGUAGAAAACCGGACAUACUUAUUAGAGAUGGCGUCCAUUAGCGCUACCCAAAAAUCGCCUAUCAUAGUGGAAAAUGCAGGGAUAAAGAACGUAUCCGCAUUUGGUUUUGAGGGCAGCUUUAGAAAGCUCAAUUUUGACUAAGAUUGAUUUUUUGGCGAUGGUCAUCUCAGCAUAGGGUCCGUCCGUGCGGUUUGAGCUAUUCGUCUAGUUUCGUUAUAGAAUGAAUAACUAGGCAAUUUAAGGAAAAUGGAUUAUGGUUAUUGGUUUGUCUUUUGUAGCAUGAAAUAAAAAAAAAACAUCGUUCUGCAAGUAAACGAGUAAAACUAAA